AUGAAUGUUGAAACACAGAGUAGCUUAUAUAACAAAUUCAAAGCCUUAUUAGAUAAAUUGAAGUAUUAUUAAUCUACAUACAAGAAAUAAGGAAUAGCCACCUGUUGUCUUUACACUUCACGAAUUGAAUUGCGAUGACACAAAGCAAUUUUUCUAGGUAACUACUGAGUUAAUCUCAUCUGGCAUCAAUUUCGCAAUUGCUAAAGUAAUUCUUAGAACAAUAACUUAAGUAAAUUGAUAAGAGGAUGUGGCACAUUCUUAAGCAAUAAAUUGAUAUUGAAUUAAAAAGCAUAUCUCCGGAUGUAGAUGAAGAAAUCAAGUAAUUUUAUGAUCUUCGCAUCAACUUUCUCAAAACUAUUAUCAAAAACCUGACUCAAUAGAAUUAAUUAGGAGGAUUGAAGAAUGAUAACGAAUUCAGAUAAUUUUUAGCUAAUUUGUACUGUUAUGCUGGCGAAUUACACGAACAUCUAGGCAGGAGAUUAGAGAAGAUGAACAAAUAGCCAAAGGAUAAUUAUAAGUUUGCUGAUCUUUUCUUUAAUAAGGCUAGUUAAAUCUAUCCUUUUUAAGGAAAAUACUACUUCUUGAUAGCUACAUUAAUGAUGUAGUUUAAAGACACAUUCAAUGCAGCAUGUUGUUUGCAAAAAGCUCAUUUUGCUCAGAUAUCUUAUAAUUGCAAAGAAAAUAUGAAUGAAGUGUUUGAAAUAAAUAGAACUCACUAUAAUGAUUGGGCUAAAUUUAUAAAACCAUCCAGUGAAUUGGAUCGAGAUACUUAUUUAAGAGCCUUUAUGGUUUAUUUAAUAAGGUUCAGUACGAUUGUUGUAUGCAUUUAAAAUUAAUUUAGUUCACUAAAAUUGGUUUUGAAGAAUUGCCUAAAUUGACUAAUAUGUUUUAGCAUUUGUAGGAGUAUUUUAAGAUAGUAAAAACAAAUGUACAUAAUGAUCACAAGCAAUAAUAUCAAUUGCUAUUAAAGGUCAUUAUGAUAACCAAUUUUGGUUUACACAACAGCAUAACGACUCUCUAAUUGAAAACUGUUCAAGAUAUCAAGGAUAAUGAUUUGGUGAGAGAAUCAAUUAAGUAUGUCUAUGGGUUAUAUGUCAAUUCGCUUGAUUUUAUAUUAAAAUAUUUGCUUUAGAAUUCGAUGAAGAAUUUGGAUUAGGUGCCUCCAGUGACAUUUUUGUAAUUGGUAAUUCCAAUCAUAUACUAUUUAUAUGAUUAACCACUGGUUUGCACAUAUUUGCUGUCUGAAUAUCCUAAUUUAAACGAUAAAUUGGCAUAGAUCUUUUUAUAUUCGAGAUAGAACUUAUAUUAGGCAGAGAAUAUGAGCAACGAUUUAUUUUAAUAUCAAUAAAAGUUGAAUGAGGAAUUUCACGCCUUUUUGUUUCCUUUUGAAAUGCCUUUAGUAGGAUUCACUUGUUAUAAUCAUGUACUACAUACAUUCAAAUAACAAUCUUCGACCUAUAAAGAUGAAGACAGUUAGACAUCAAUAAUAUUAUUUUAUGUUUGUGAACAAAUAAUAUAACAAUUGCAUGGCAUUUAAAUAUAGAGUGUGAAGGAACCAAAAUGGGAGUAGGAGAUUCCAAAAGAAUUGAUUAAGAAACUAAUAAUAAUUGAUGGGAUGAAUGUGGCAAUGAGAUAUGGAUAGGAAUAAUCUUAGGCGGCAAAGUUUUGUUCUUAAGGAUUGAAAUGUGCCUUAGAAUUUUGGGUUAAGAGAGGACAUGAUGUUAUGAUCAUAUUACCUGAUUUUUGUUUUAACGAGAGCGAGAUAAGCAAAAAGAAGCUAACAAAUGUAAAUAUUGAGUAGAUAUUCUGUAGUAAAACAAUGUUAACAAAUUGCCUGAUGAUGUCAAGUUAUUAUUGGAGAUGAAGAAUAAAGGGUAUGCUUAUGGAGUUCCAAAUUGGAAUUAUGAUGACUCUUAUAUGAUUCAAUAUGCUAGAGAAAAGGGAGGAUUGAUUUUGACCAACGAUCGAUAUAAUGAUCACAUUAGAGCUCUGGAAUCCAAUAUUGUAGAAAGAGAAAGAUUGAAGGAGUGGAUCAGAAACAAUUGUAUCAGUUAUACCUUCCUAUAAAAUGAAUUGGUUCCUAACCCUGAUCAAUUAAAGAGAAUUUGAUUAUUAUAUAAC